GCCUUUAAAACCAGACGCUUGUUUACCAUAGAGCUCCAUCUAUUUUUAAAAACAUUAUUACGGCCAGUGACUUACAAAAAAGUUGGAGCGCGGAAAAAUAUUUUAAAUUUUGAAUUUGGUGUUCGAUCGUUCAGUGAUUCUGUCAGUUUUAGAACCAUGAGAUUGUUUCUUAAAAUUGUGUUACCUUUCAUAGGUGUAAUGUUGGGUUUUUACUGCAUAACUGGUUCCACUGGCUUGUACAUCUCAAACCUGUCACAAGCUUGCUACCGCUGCCUUUGUCACGUCGCUACAGGCUGCGAUGUGUCUCACGGCUGCACUGCAGGGUACUGCGGGCCUUUCAACAUCUCCAGAGUGUAUUGGAUAGACUCUGGUAAGGUCACACUUCCGGAGGACGAUCCUGAGAGGAACCAUGCUUGGGAAGACUGCGCGAGAAGCUACCACUGCGCCUUAAGGAUCGUCGAAGGCUAUUUGCAGAAAUUUGGAAAGGAUUGUAACAGCGACGGCGUGACGAACUGCUUCGAUUAUAUCAUGAUCAACGGUAACGGCGGAUAUGGAUGCACAGCACCCUUGAAUCGCUCGGCUAAUGGCCAUCGGUGGCUGCAGAGAUUCCAAGACUGUGCGCUCAACUUAUAAAAUAUUAUUUGUUCCAUUCUUCACUGCGACCCAACAUGGUCCCGCUCGAACGGUACCACCCGGCUAGGGAUCGCGGGGAUGGAUAGUUAGUUAGUUUUGCUGGGCAUUUUCCGCAACUCGACAUCCAUCGGGGUUAGACAACGGCCUGUAGUAAAAGCAAGCACACAACUGACGCUCUAUCGUCCACAAAAUAAUGAAGACAUGACCACUCCAUAGCGAUUGGGUGCGACCCGAAACAGCUGUCACAGUCCAACACCCCAGUCGCGUCAGUCCCCCCCUCCCUUGAUUUAUAUUAGGAUCUUGAUGCUCUGAGUUUAUUCAAAAACCUGCUAAAGAGAUUCAGAAACCGAAGAGCUGGUAGCUUGCUGCUAAUUUUAAGUAGUAGAAGGUAUAUAUUUAAUAAGUAGAAGGUUUUCACAUGCCUGAAAAGGAUGAAAUAAAAUUUAGCAUGUACUAUUAGUUACAUGCCUAUAUUUA